AUGAAGUUUGCAGUCCCUCAGCCAAUAAGGCAACCUUUGGAGCAGAGAGACAAGAACAAGCACUACUCCUACCAUAGAGAUUACGGGCAUACAACUAAUGAUUAUAGAUCCCUUAGGCGGCAGGUGGAAAACAUGAUAAUGAGAGGUGAAUUGGCAAACUACCUCACAACAAAGGAGUACGUGAAGCCCCGGGAGGUCAAUCCUCGGAAAGUCAAAGGAAGUAUCAAUAUUAGGUUAGGCGAUGAAAAUAUAUCUAGAGUUCAACUCCCCCACGAGGAUUCGUUGGUCAUCAGUCUUUUAGUGGCGAAUUGCAUGAUUAAGAGGGUUUUGAUAGAUCUAGGUAGUAGUGCCAAUAUCAUCACAAAUGCGGUCUUUGAGCAGCUGGAGAUUUCAUCAUCAUCAAUUCGGGCCACCUCUAGCCCCUUGAUGGGGUUUGAUGGCACAAAGGUGGACCCCCUUAGGGUAAUUGACCUAUCCGUGACCACGGCAAAGAGGACACUGAAGGAGAACUUUGUUCUAACGGAGAUCCACCCUUCUUAUAAUCUUAUUAUGGGAAGAGGUUGGAUCCACCGAAUGAACGGGGUUCCAUCUACCCUUCAUCAAGUGAUGCAAUGCUUGUCUCCGGACAAUAAAGAGGUUAUUAAUCUUACGGGAGAUCAAGUCGCUGCCAAAGAAUGGUACAUUUUGACACAGAAUGAAGCAAAGAAGCAAUUACAGAACCCUCUGCCCAGGUAUUUGAAAGCAGAGGAUGAGGCCGAAGCUGAAAAGCCUACUAAGGAGGCUCUGGAGACUGUCGAAGUAAUCCUCGGCGAUCCUCAGAAGGUCACCUAUAUAGGUUCUUCCUCCACAGCGAAAGAAAAGAAAACAUUAAUCGAUAUCAUUCGACAGAACGCAGAUGCAUUUGCUUGGGAGCAUUCAGAUAUGGUGGGAUUCCUUUAA